UGUUAUUCUAUGCUCUAAUCCCACAAGCAGGAAGUUCCAUGCUUACAUCGCACUUCUCCUCCCCCUUAGCCAUGUUUGUGUAGCUGUGCCAUUUGCAGAUGGAUGGAGCUGAAACAGGCCCUAUCUGAACAGCAAUAUCCUGUGUUGCCCUCCUCCUUCGCCCCACCAUGACGUUAUUUCCUGACCCUUAUCAGGAGGAGCAGAGGAUAUUGCAGAGGCCACCAGAAUGUUUGUAUAUUUGUCAAAGACAUCUUAAGUGACCUUGAUUACACAGUGGGGAGGCUGUGGAGGCAAAAGGUCAGGUUGGUGGGGAAGCCUAAUUUCAAAGAUUAACAAGUCCACUCUCUUUUCAGCAAAGGUUCAGUUUUGGUUUGGAAAACUCAAGUCAUAUCUGGUCCUCUAUAUUUAUUUUGAGGUCCGACAGGCCUGAAGCAUAUUCAGCCUUGAUGAGAAAGGAGGUAGAGUGAAGGUAUCUGCAGAUAACAGAGCAGAAUCUCUGGAGAAAUCAAAGGGCUUCCCUGGACUGCCAACCAGGCCUGAUGGUCACUUUUUGCUUUUAUGGCUAAAGGAGUUAGAUGCAGUGGGUCAUCUGUGUUGUGGGGCAGCCCCUUGAGGCAUACCAGACCAAUCCUGGUUCGGGACUUCCCCCCUCUCUGUCAGGAACAGGAUUAUGUCACUGAGACAUGUACUUCCUUUCCCACAUAUCUUGCUGUAAAAACAGCUCCCCCUCCAAGCCACUCCCAGAAGAGGCGGGUAGCAGGAAUAUGAUGUUUUCUGAGGUUAAGAGCCUGUCAAGGCAGGAAAUGGGAUGUUGCCAGAGUCCUCACAGCACAGUGAACCACUUUUGCUGACAGUGCACAGGAUGUCACUGGGCGACACUGGGACGAGGCGAUACCUCUUGCCCCUACUGCUGGUGUGCUGCUGGAAGGUGUCAAUUUCGGGAUUUACUGAUUAUGAUGACUAUAGUUCCAAUGGAACCGAUGAGAAUCAACCCAUGCGACACAGGGGCCCGGGCCCGUGCCCUCGCACCAUCCCAGCACAGAUGAUCACUGAAAACAACAGUACAUUCCUGCGUAUCUCGAAAGAUUCGCGUGGUUUGCUUGCUGGCACGCUCACCGUCGUCGUCCUCCCAUCUUUUUACACCCUUAUUUUCCUCAUUGGACUCCCUGCCAAUGCUCUGGCCCUCUGGGUGCUCGCCACACGGGUGGAGAAACUGCCCUCCACUAUAUUCCUGAUAAAUUUAGCAACUGCUGAUCUCUUAUUAUGCCUGCUGCUUCCUCUGAAGAUCUCUUACUACUUCCUGGGCAACCACUGGCCCUUUGGAGAGGCUAUGUGCCGCUUUACCACUACAGCCUUCUACGGCAACAUGUACUGUUCCAUUAUUUUGCUUGCCUGCAUCAGCAUGGACCGCUACCUUGCUGUAGCCCACCCGUUCUUCGCCCGCUCCUUCCGCAGCUCUGCCUUCGCCAUGGGCACCUGUGCUGUAGUUUGGGUGGUGGCUGUCCUCUUCACCCUGCCUCUGACUCUCUUCCGCCAGUCCUUCCCACUCUAUAGGACCAAGCAGACUCUAUGUCAUGAUGCCCUGCCAUGGAAGGAGGAAGUUGAAUAUUACUACUAUUACUUCAUUAUCCUCGUUGCCUGUGGCUUCCUGACUCCUCUCCUCAUCAUGGUGUUCAGCUGUGGGGUUACACUCCGGGUCUUGUUGGGCAGCGGUGAAAAGUAUGUUUUGGCUGCCAAGCUGACAGCCAUCAUGCUUGUCUCAGUCGUGACCUUUUAUAGUCCAAGCCAUAUCCUGUUGCUCCUCCACUACUCCCACUCCUGCGAGAACGAUGGGACAGUCUACGUGGCCUACAUGGCCAGCCUAGCCUUGAGCACCUGUAAUAGCUGCGUCGACCCCUUCAUUUACUAUUAUGUCUCGGAAGAAUUCAGGUCAAAUGUGAAGAAGAGACUCUUUGGCCACCGGAAGGAUUCUGCUGUGUCUGGGAAGACCUUAAAAGAAACGCUGCCCUCAAAAAACUUCCAUCCCUCCUAGUCUCUGGGGUGAAGGAGAGACUCUUUUCGCUGUACUGUGAAGGAAAGGAAAACAGAAAAGGGACUGGCUGGGGUUUUUCAUGGUCUUACCAAGACUUUUUUUUUGAGGAAGCAGCUAAUGAUCAAUUUCUUCUUGGAGUUCUUAAAACAAUAUAGCUGGAUAAAACCUGCCCAGUCUCAGCUCCAUUCCAACUUCCAAGAAGCCUAAUCAUACUACUCAUUAAUUAUAAAGUCUUGCGUAGUAGAUAAUUCUUCCCCUUAUUUUGUGGCUUAACUGUAUGGAUUUGGAAAAGUCCAAGGACUCUCUAAUAAAUGGAUACCAAGAAAACUUCCAAAAAUAA